CACCAUAAACCACCAUCCGCCACCCUACCGCCGGCCCCACCGAAUCAUUAUCAAACUCAUACCAACACACAAAGAUCCGUAUAAUAUACCACCACCAUUUUCCCCAUUUAAAUAAAAAAAAUCAAAUCUUUUUUUGUGGGUUCUUUUUCAUUUCCUCCCAUUUCCAUACCCAUUUGAAUAAAUAUAUAUAAAAAAAAAAAAAUCUUGAAAAUGUCUUGAUUUUUUGUGUCUAGAAGACAUCAAACUACAUACUCUUUUGGAUUUGAAGGAAGAUGGUGUUUGACUUUUGAUGCCAAAAAGUCUUCAUCUUUAAUCUAGAUCUGUCUGUAUAGCUCAAGUUAUCCUCAGUUAAUCAAAGGGAUAUAGGAUUAGCUGUACAUAUGGAGUUAUCUUGUUCACAAAACAACUGUUCUUGAUCAAUUUCGACUCGAAAAUCGAGUAGGGUAGUUUGUUCUAGAGGUCAACAAUGGAGGGGGAGGCUAAUUCUUGGAUUAGAAGAACAAAGUUUUCUCAUACAGUUUGUCAUAGACUAGAUUCUGCAACAUUAUCAUCAUUUCUAACCGAUGUCGAACCAAUUCGACUCGCGGGUAUGAAAACACGGCCGGUAAAAGCUCUCUCAAACGCGAAACCCACGCAAAUCGAAACGAAUCCGGUUACAAACAAGUAUAGAACGGUCACACCGCCCCCGAAAACGAGUCUUCCCGACACCUUUAAGGAAGCGAGGUCGGAUACUAAACGAUUCUCGACUCCACAUCCUCAAAGAGUGGAAACAGAGAAAGGGUAUAAAGGGAAAAAGAUGUUUCAACGAAACAUGACGAGUGCGGUUGAUAUAAGGUCGCCGCGUGGCGGUGCUAGUCCUCUUAAGCAGUUUAAUUCGAUGAAGAUUAGUGGGAAGCAGAAGAUGAAGCGGGAUUAUUCGUGGUCAAAGUUGUUUGACCAUGGUGGAGGGAAAGUUAGCGCGGCUGAGACGGUUGAUGAUUUUAUGGCUGAUCUUUCGAAGCUUUUUCUUGGCCAUAGGUUUGCUCAUGGUGCGAAUAGUCAGCUUUACCAUGGGAUAUAUAAUGAUGAAGCCGUUGCGGUUAAGAUAAUUAGGGUCCCUGAUGAUGACGAAAAUGAAGAACUGGGCGUUCGACUUGAGAAUCAGUUUACAAGAGAAAUAAAUCUUUUGUCGCGUCUCAACCAUAGAAACGUCAUUAAGUUUGUGGCGGCAUGUAGACAACCACGAGUAUACUGUAUCAUCACUGAGUACCUCUCAGAAGGUUCAUUAAGGGCAUACUUACAUAAGCUCGAGGAUAACACGGGAAAAGAGAAGGAAUAUCUUCCAUUGAAAAAGCUUAUCAAGAUGGCGUUAGACAUCACUCGUGGAAUGGAAUACAUCCAUUCUCAGGGCAUUAUUCAUCGAGACCUCAAGCCCGAAAAUAUAUUAAUAAACGGAGAUUUUCAGCUCAAAAUUGCUGAUUUCGGGAUCGGUUGUGACGAGGUGUAUUUUGAUAUUUUGGACGAUGAUCCGGGAACAUACCGUUGGAUGGCCCCCGAGAUGAUUAAACGAAAAUCCUACAGCCGGAAAGUUGACGUCUACGGGUUUGGUCUCAUUUUGUGGGAGAUGGUGGCCGGAACGAUCCCAUAUAAAGAUAUGACUCCAAUACAAGCCGCGUUUGCCGUAGUUCAUAAGAAUCUCCGACCGUCUAUUCCGGCGAACUGUCCUCCGGCAAUGAGAGCAUUGAUCGAGCAAUGUUGGUCUACAAAUCCCGAAAAGAGGCCGGAAUUCUGGCAGGUGGUGAAGGUGUUAGAGGAGUUUGAAACUUUAAUAGCGCGUAAUGGAAACUUGAAUCAUUUACAAAACCGGGGUUUAGACAACAAAAAGGGACUUCGCCAUUGGAUUCAGAAGCUCGGGCCUCAUCAUCAUCCUCAUCAACAUCAACUGAACUCGCCCACGCCUAAACCGAGGUUUUCAUGAAACGUGCAGAGUUUUAGGUAACGAUGUAUGUAUAAAGACGCGUGCUUUUUUUUACCCGCGCUUUGCCUUUUUGUUUGUGAAUGACUAUUGUUCAUCGAUACGUUGUUGAUAAAGAUUGCUUUGUUUAGUACAUUACAGAAAACCCGACACAUAUCAGUCGUACUCUGUUGGUGAAUGUGAUUUCGGGUUCUUGUUUUGAGGCGGGAUUGUGUGGUUUAAAAUGUUCAUAUUAGUCAUGCUUGUUUUUCUU